CAGGAAGUCGACUCAUGUCCAUAUUCACGACUGAAGUUCGUCUCGGUCCCCAUACCUGAUGAAGUGCCUCUGCUGGCGUCACAUUGAGAUCUGACCUUCACAAUGUCACUGUGCUUUCCAGUCAAUCUCCUGGAUGGCUCGCCUGUGACCUCAUAUAUGGUGUUCUUGAUGACUUUGAGCUGCACUGUUCAAUGUCAACGUGAAUAUAAGUCUGAAGCAGCUGAUUCUUUAGCAAUUCGAAACUUUAUUCAUUCAGUCUCGGGCGCUCUCGUCUCACUCAACAAUACCCAAGGGUUGCUCUGGAUCCGCAUCCUCUUCCGACACUUUCUCAUCAGCCUCUCUGAAGACAAAACUUCCCCACUGCGAGGUAGCAGCCCAGCCAGCUGCAUCGACAAUAUCUUGUCUCUGCCUCUUGUGGUCCAAAGCUUCCUCUGCGCUGAUGCCCGGUGCAAAGCCACGGACGCUCUCGCGAUCAAUACGUAGCCAUCCCUUCCAGCCUGUUGUGAUAUCACCAGCUCCAACACCACCCACAACGACAGUCCCCCACCAUUCGCGACCGGCACUCGCUUUUGCGACACUUCCAUAGAGAAGAAUGUCCUCUGCAUCGGCCACGAGAGCACGAGCAUUGUCUGGGUCACUUCUUACUGGGCGGUGGACGUAGACAUGUUGCAAAUGAGAUGGCGAACAAGUCAGGCGCGUGGCAUCAAAACGGCCUUCAGUAUCGAUGACCAGAAUGGCGUAAAGGUGCGGAGGGGUGAUGAGAUUUGAUAUGAGCCUGUAUAGCAGUGGCAGAUGACGGCCAGAUAUGCCGAGACCGGCAGAUUUUGUGGCAUGAAAGUGAGCUGCUGUGAUCUCAUCAAGUUCUGAUAUAUGCGUAAGUUUGUUUGGCAGGAUGUGAGUCUGAUGCGGGACCUGAUCCGGACUGCUCAAGCGAUUGGGGUCUGCAGGGAGUGAAGAGCGCAAGCUUCGAAGGACCUAUUGUGAUAUUUUAGUAAGUCUCUUGAGGUUUGAUAAGUAGCAGUCUGAGUGUCGCUCGAGAAUGCAAGCCUGUACAGUCGGCUUGGAUCAAAAGUGAGGUCGAUUUCACUCUUUCGGUGGCUCAAGGGUAAGCCAAAACAGCUCAUCAGGUCCUUGCUCGAUACAUGAUAUGUAAAGGUACCUAUUUCGAGGGGUUUGCCGUGAUUACAUGAAGGUGAAACAAAGUCAAAAGAAACCAGGGCUGUGUGAUUGACUUCUCGAGACGAUAACACAAUAUAUCUAAUCAUGAUGUGCUGAAUGCUUGUGUCCAAUAGGUAGGCAAGAAGCUUAGACCCAAAAUCUCAAGUUCAACUUACGUCUUCGAGGCUCAUCUCAACAACCUCACCUAACAACCGACUCCCCGUCGCUGUCUCCAUUCCGAGACCCCGAAAGCUGAACUUGCUAGGGGCCCUUUUACUUGGAUGCCGAUCGUUCAGUUCAGUACGAUCUUGGGCGUUCUUGACAAUGGGCUAUCCGUGCCAAGUCUUCCACGCUUCAGAGCUUCCUGAGCGCGUACAGACCAACCUAAGCGGCCGGAAGCGCAAAUUGGAUAAAGGGGUCAAUAAUGUCGAGAUCUCUGGGUGCGAACUUCUCGAGAUGCUGCAGUACAAGUGCGAAAUCACAGAGCCCGUCAAGCCGGAUAGUCCUGUGCAAUGCUUUGCGAUUGAGCGAUUGUUCCGGAAAUGUAAAGACAAAAAGGGCUCUUUCAUGGUCGAGACGACGGCCUGGGAGGGCAAAGAGUAUCCUCCAGUGGGACAGAGAAGUGAUGAUGGAAAACACAGCAAAGACAGGGCGCCUCAGCACUAUCACUGGUCAUCAAGUUGGCACGCGCCAGACGCAGCACGAUAAACCAAACCAAACUAUCGAUUUUACACCAACCCAGGGCAACUUGCUAUUGUCUCCGAAAAUCACAUAGCAUGCCAACCUCUCAAGGGAGACUCUGAUUCUCUUGUGAAACUCCAACGUCAUUGUUAGCCCCAACAGUCUCUAGUUAAGCAGAGCAUGCAUCCAGCCAUGCGUACGACCAACCCAGGUAGCGAAUAAGCAAGAAAGAAAAAAAAAAAAAAAAAAAAAAAAAAAAAAA